UCGAAAAGUAUGCUUGAUAUCUCAGUAGCGAGAUUAUCAUUUCUCAGUUUAAUUUCUCAAAGUUUCCAUCUCCUGAACGAUAAGCAAUCGAGCAGAUCCGCAGAAGAUUUAUUCAUUCAGAAAAUUACUGAGAUGAUUUCGUCUACCCUGACCCUAGCCACCUGCAAGUCAUGCAUGGCGCUUGUUGAUUGCUCUACAAGGACAGAAAGCUCAGCAACAUCGCCCAAUCAACACGUUGGACCAGAAGUCGAGGCUAGCGUACCAGAAUUGGAACCUGUAGAAGUGAAGGACUCUCUUUCGUAUCAGUACUCUACAAAACUAACUGCAAAAGCAAAAAGGAUUCAAUUCAAUUACACGGACCCUGAAAUACAACAAGAUCAACAACAAAAAGUUGAAGUGUUCUUCCCGCCACUAAGCACCCUUGGGACCAUGACUGUCAACUUUGAGCUCAAAUUGUUACCUAUGGAUCAAUGUAUGACACCAAUUCUGUAUAUAUCACCAGCAAAGCAUGUUCAGUUUUUGAGGAAAGUUAAAGUUACGUUGCCAUGGAGAAGUUUAAGCAAAACUCAGCUUUUGAAAGCGGGAAGUUUCGCAGUUGAGUGUAAAGAUUUCAGGAGAGACAUAUUUUCGAACGAGAAUGGCAUAAUUGUAUCCUCGUUUUCGUUCUCGCCAGUUGGUGUGAUUGCAGAAACAGAACAAGCUUCUCCUUCUACAAAAAACGACGAAAAUGCACGAAAAAAGGCGGUAAACCAUUUGCUCAGACUUGUGGAAGGUUAUGACGAAGAGCGUCUUUUCGAGCCAUCUAGAAAGUAUUUGUUGAUGAAACAAAAUACAAAACCUAACCCAGAUGGUAUAUACGAAUUCGUCCUUGACCUCAGAACUUUUAAAGGUUGGCAAGAACACGAUCAGUUUCGAUGUGCCGAGAACUGGGGCUUUGAACCUAUCAGCAGCAAGCUAAAGUAUGAUUCGACCCACCAAAAAAUAGCUGUGAGCCUCAAAGGCGUUUCCCCAUCGAACGCUCCCAUAGUUUUGGUCAACCCAGCUAAAUUGCCGGUAAAAUUCGAGUUCAAACAAAUAGAGGAGAUGUUAGAGAACAUUGAUUCCGGUAACCUCACAAAAAUUGCCUACCAGUUUAACGAAACCGGACACAAUUUAGCAGCUGACAAAAAACUGUAUCUCCAUUUUUCAGUUUUUGAGAACAGUUUUUACAUCGAAUUUCUCUCUAAGGAAAAGCUGAACAGCUUAUCAAACACAGCGGUGAAGUCGCCAGUUGUUGUACAGGAGUUUCUUCAGAAAUUGGGAGACUCGUGGGUUGAGUUCAUGCGUUUAGAGUUACGUGUUCAAAGAAAGUAUUUAAACGAGUUUUACUGUCUUGAUAUCCAAGAUGCGGUCGCCGAUUAUCUGCGCAAGAAGAGAUUGGACGAAGUUACAGCCCUCAAAAUAAAAAUACGCUCCAGCUAUCCAAAUUUGGCUCAAAAAUUCGAUGAAGUAGAAACUGGCGAUAUCCAACCGGAACGUAGCGUCCAGAUUCGUCAGAUUUUUUGCUUCUUAACACACGUUUUCAACUACGAAUUUGAAAACACUGAAAAACGUGAGAGUGAAUUUACUAAAAUAAAAGAAACAACUCUCACGAAAUUGGAAAUUCUGCCCAAACAUGAUGGUCUGGAACCAAAAAACGCAGAAGAGUUGGCUAAUCACAUGAUCAAUAUUGGUGAAGCAAUGUUGAAGACUCACAUGACAAAAGCAUAUUGGAACCCAGAUUUAGGCUUACAAGAAAAGUGGAUUUCGCUGUCUGUGGAUUUACGGGAUAUUCUGGACGUUGGUGGCGGUGAUGACUUGCACUAAAUCGAUCCGACCUGAAUUAUUUGGAAGGACUCUAUUUCAUCUCUUCAUCUAGUAGCGUAAAACUGUUAAACUUGAUGAUUGUCAAAAAAAUGCAAAAAAAUUGCACCUGCAAAAAAUAUGGCUUUCAUUCGUGUAUAUCCUAUGAAAAAUCCGUCUUAAAUUGGCAUCAAAUCAUUUUUGUAAAACUUGAUUUAAUUUUAGAUUGACGUAGAUAUUUCUGUAAAUAUUUUUAGCAAUCAAUAAUCCAAAGCUGUACAUAAUAUUUUGUUUGUAGAAACUUUAAUUUGAAUCAGCUGUAAGACUAUCAAAGUGAAC